GUUGCGAGCGCCCCCGGGUCUCCUCAAGCUCUGCAGGCUCCGUUCUUGGGAUUUGGAUCCAGCUGCGGCCGCCGUUGGUUGGGCUGUGCGCGGCGGGCUUGGGCGGUCUGGGGCUGCUGAGCUCCCCCGCCUUUCCCAACCGGACGAUUACCUGGACUUGGCAAAGGAAGAUCAGAGCAGAGCUGAGCCGUGCAGGUUGCGCCUUCGGUUGCGAAGAGGGGGACCGGGACGUCCUUCGGAGCUUGUCCUGAGGGGGUAGGAGGAGCAAAGCGGAGCCCAGUCCUGGAGUUUGAAAGAUAUGCCUUCCGUAGCAUCAUCCCGUUUCCCCCGGCGGUGUUGAGCUUGGCUGUUGGGGCUCCCGCGUCGGUUUCGGGAUCGGAUUCAAGUUUUCUCUUUUUCUUCUGAAUUCGCUUCUGCCCCCCUCCCUCCCCUUUCUAUCCGAAGAGGCGGCGAUCAUGCUGGGCGCAGGGAACGAGAGUUCGGGGCGCCUCUGUUUGUUUUGGGCUCUGUGGAGCGUGGCGCUUUGGCUGCCUGGCACGGAAGCGUGUCCCAGUAAAUGUACCUGCUCGGGAUCCGGCGUGGAUUGUCACGGAUUGGGACUUAAGACGGUGCCCCGAGGCAUUCCCAGGAACGCGGAGAGAGUUGACUUAGACAGAAACAAUAUUACAAGGAUUACAAAGGUGGACUUUGCUGGACUUAAGAAUCUUCGUGUUCUGCAUUUGGAAGAGAAUCUAAUUAGCAUGAUAGAACGUGGAGCAUUUCAAGAUCUAAAGCAACUAGAACGACUACGCCUGAACAGAAAUAAACUGCAAGUUCUUCCAGAAUUGCUUUUUCAGAACACGCUGAAGCUAACCAGACUGGACUUGAGUGAAAACCAGAUUCAAGGCAUCCCUAGGAAGGCUUUUCGAGGAAUUACUGAUGUAAAGAAUUUGCAACUGGACAACAAUCAGAUCAGCUGCAUUGAAGAUGGAGCUUUCCGAGCCCUCCGUGACUUGGAGAUUCUUACCCUCAAUAACAACAACAUCUCACGCAUCCCUCUCACCAGCUUCAACCAUAUGCCAAAGAUCAGAACCUUGCGGCUUCAUUCCAAUUAUUUAUACUGUGAUUGUCACCUGGCAUGGCUUUCGGAUUGGCUGCGCCAAAGGCGAUCAGUUGGACAAUUCACCUUCUGCAUGGCACCUGUUCACCUGAGAGGGUUCAAUGUAGCUGAUGUUCAGAAAAAAGAAUAUGUCUGUACAGGUUCACAUGCUGAACCACCAUCCUGCAAUGCCAAUUCUGUCAAUUGCCCAUCUGCUUGCACUUGCAGUAACAAUAUUGUGGACUGUCGGGGAAAGGGCUUAACUGAACUUCCAGGCAACCUACCAGAGAAUAUUGUGGAAAUCCGUUUAGAGCAGAAUUCCAUAAAAGCCAUUCCUCCCGGAGCCUUCUCUCAAUACAAGAAACUUAAAAGAAUUGAUAUCAGCAAGAAUCAGAUAUCAGAUAUUGCACCAGAUGCUUUUCAUGGAUUGAAAUUACUCACCUCUUUAGUGCUUUAUGGAAAUAAGAUCACAGAGAUUCCCAAGGGCCUUUUUGAUGGGCUUGUAUCUUUGCAGUUAUUGCUUCUCAAUGCAAAUAAGAUCAACUGCCUGAGAGUAAACACAUUUCAAGAUCUGCAUAAUCUUAAUUUGUUGUCUCUCUAUGAUAAUAAACUACAGACUAUCAGCAAAGGACUUUUUGCUCCUCUUCAAUCAAUUCAAACAUUGCAUUUAGCUCAAAAUCCAUUUGUGUGCGACUGCCAUUUGAAGUGGCUGGCUGAUUACCUGCAGGAUAAUCCAAUAGAAACCAGCGGAGCUCGGUGCAGCAGUCCGCGUCGUCUUGCCAACAAACGAAUCAGCCAGAUCAAGAGCAAGAAGUUCCGUUGCUCAGGUUCAGAGGACUACAGGAGUAGAUUCAGUGGGGAGUGUUUUAUGGACCUCAUCUGUCCUGAGAAAUGCCGCUGUGAGGGAACAUUUGUGGACUGUUCCAACCAAAAGCUUACUAGGCUUCCAAGCCACCUUCCAGAAUAUACCACAGAUCUUCGUCUACACGAUAAUGAUAUUUCAAUUCUGGAAGCUACGGGAAUAUUCAAGAAGCUCUCUAGUCUUCGAAAAAUAAAUUUAAGUAAUAACAAGAUCAAAGAGAUCCGAGAAGGCACUUUUGAUGGGGCAGCGGGAGUGCAGGAACUGAUGUUGACAGGGAAUCAGCUGGAAUCUGUGCAUGGACAAAUGUUUAGAGGUCUCACGGGACUCAAGACGCUGAUGCUCAGGAGCAACACGAUCAGUUGUGUAAACAAUGACACAUUUACAGGACUGAGCUCAGUAAGAUUACUCUCUUUGUAUGACAAUCGCAUUACCACAAUAACUCCAGGAGCCUUCAAUACCCUUGUUUCUUUAUCUACCAUUAAUUUGCUAUCUAAUCCAUUUAAUUGCAACUGCCACUUAGCAUGGUUGGGGAAAUGGUUAAGGAAGAGAAGGAUUGUCAGUGGAAAUCCACGUUGCCAGAAACCCUUCUUCUUAAAGGAGAUUCCAAUUCAAGAUGUUGCUACACAGGAUUUCACAUGUGAUGGCAACACUGAAAACAGCUGUCAUUUCUCUCCCCGUUGUCCAGACAAAUGCACCUGUGUGGACUCAGUAGUUCGCUGCAGUAAUAAAGGGUUGCGGUUCCUCCCAAAAGGGGUCCCCAAAGAUGUGACUGAAUUAUACCUGGAAGGGAACCAUUUAUCUGCUGUGCCAAAAGAACUUUCUAUGUUCCGACACUUGACAUUAAUUGACUUGAGCAACAAUAGUAUCAGCAUGUUGGCCAAUUAUACCUUCAGUAAUAUGACACAGCUAUCAACUCUGAUCCUAAGCUACAACAGGUUACGGUGUAUUCCAGUUCAUGCAUUUAAUGGCCUUAAAUCUCUCCGAGUGUUAACGCUUCAUGGCAAUGAUAUAUCCAGUGUCCCUGAAGGGUCUUUUAAUGAUCUGGUGUCACUUUCUCACCUAGCACUUGGUACAAAUCCUUUACAUUGCGACUGCAGCCUGCGCUGGCUUUCAGAGUGGGUAAAGGCAGGCUACAAAGAGCCUGGCAUUGCACGAUGUAGUAGUCCAGAUGACAUGACCGACAGGCUUUUACUAACAACACCAACUCAGCAUUUCCAAUGCAAAGGUGUUGUUGACAUCAGCAUUGUGUCCAAAUGUAACCCUUGCCUAUCUACUCCCUGUAAAAAUAAUGGGACUUGCAACAAUGAUCCCGUGGAUUUUUACCGAUGUACUUGCCCAUUUGGCUACAAGGGUCGAGAUUGCAGCACACCUAUUCAUGCUUGCAUUCAGAAUCCAUGCCAGAAUGGGGGAACUUGCCAUCCUACUGACACAAAUCAAGACGGAUUCAGCUGUUCCUGCCCUACUGGAUUUGAAGGGAAGAAAUGUGAACUGAAUCCAGAUGACUGUGAAGAUAAUGAUUGUGAGAACAACUCAACUUGUAUGGAUGGAAUAAACAAUUACGCUUGCCUUUGCCUACCCAACUAUACAGGAGAACUCUGUGAUGAAGUAAUCAACCAUUGCGUGCCUGAACUAAACCCUUGCAAACAUGAAGCCAAAUGUAUUUCUCUUGAUAGAGAGUACAAGUGUGAAUGCUUACCUGGCUACAGUGGGAAGCACUGUGAAACAGAUGAUGAUGACUGCAGGGGACACAAAUGCCGCCAUGGUGCCAUGUGUGUAGAUGCUGUAAAUGGAUACACCUGCAUUUGUCCUCAAGGAUUUAGUGGACUCUUCUGUGAAAAUCCACCACCCAUGGUUCUCCUCCAAACCAGUCCUUGUGAUUAUUAUGAAUGCCAAAAUGGAGCGCAAUGUAUUGUUGUGCAGCAGGAACCAGUCUGUCGUUGCCUGGCAGGUUUUGCUGGCCAGAAGUGUGAGAAACUCAUUACUGUCAAUUUUGUUGGGAAGGAUUCCUACGUUGAGCUUCCACCAGCCAAAAUCCGUCCUCAAGCAAACAUCUCGCUUCAAGUAGCAACUGAUAAGGACAAUGGCAUCUUAUUAUACAAAGGGGACAAUGAUCCCCUGGCUUUAGAAUUGUAUCAAGGGCAUGUAAGACUUAUCUAUGACACAGUGAAUGCUCCACCUACAACUAUAUACAGCGUGGAGACAGUAAAUGACGGACAGUUUCAUAGUGUGGAGCUGGUGAUGUUGAACCAGACCUUGAAUUUGGUAGUAGAUAAAGGCACUCCCAAAAGCAUUGGCAAACUGCAGAAGCAACCCGUGGUUGGUCAUGAUACUCCACUGUACAUUGGAGGAAUUCCCACAUCUAGAGGGCUGUCUUCAUUGAGGCAGGGGACAGAGAGGACACCAAGUGGCUUUCAUGGGUGUAUUCAUGAUGUCCGAAUUAAUAAUGAGCUGCAGGAUUUCAAAGAACUACCACAUCAGUCUGUAGGAGUCCUUCCUGGUUGCAAAUCCUGUAACAUCUGUAAGCAUGGAAUUUGCCGCUCUCUUGAAAAGUCAAGUGUGGUCUGUGAGUGCCAUCCAGGCUGGACAGGUUCACUGUGUGAUCAAGAACUUAACGAUCCCUGCCUUGGCAACAAAUGCCUUCAUGGAAAGUGCUUUGCCACCAACUCUGCUUAUACAUGCAAGUGUAUAGAAGAUUACACAGGUAUGCACUGUGAUCGAAAAAAUGAUUCCUCCAACUCCUGCAGAUUUCUAAAAUGUAACCACGGACAGUGUAAGAUCUCUGCACAAGGGGAACCCUACUGCGAAUGUGAUCCAAGCUACAGUGGAGAGCGUUGUGAUAGAGAAAAUGUCUGUCAAGGAGAGAUUAUUCGUGAAUUCAUUCGGAAGCAACAAGAUUCCAUCUCUUGUGUCUCCAUGGUGAAGGUACCUCGUGUGGAAUGUCACGGCACUUGUGGGAACAAUCAGUGUUGUGUUGUUCUCCGCAGCAAAAGGCGGAAAUACGGCUUCCAGUGUGUGGAUGGCUCUUCCUUUACAGAAGAGCUAGAGAGACAUGUGGAGUGUGGCUGUGCAAAGUGUUUAUAAGCUUAUGAUCAGCCUCUUUGCCCUUUGUAUCAAAUCUGCUUCAAACACAGGACCUAUUUACUUUUAAGUGAAGAAGAGAAUAUUAAGUAUAUUGUAAAAUAAGCAAAAAAAAGUUAUUUUUAUUAUGAAAAGGGACUAUUUUCAUCUUUUAUUAUAUAAAAUCUGACCAUUCUGGGUAUAUGUAUCAUAUAUGAGUUAUUUUUACUAUGGAUUUUUUUUACAGUUGGUAAAAAAAAUGGAAAAAAAAUUCCAAACCUAAACACAGGGAUUAAAAAAAAAAAAAGAAUAUAGUUGAUAAGCUUUGCACAAUGGCCAGAUGUGAAAGGAAUUCAAACUGUUUGCCACAGAAUUAAAGAAACAGGUGUUGAAAUGGUCUGUAUAUAUAUACAUAGUAGGAGCAAUACAUUCUAUGAUCAUUUGUGCCCAGGAUUGCUCAGUUAAUAGCCUUCUCUCAUGACAAUGAAAGCUGUAUUUGUCACUGUUGUGAUUUGCUUGAUACCAUUGCCAAGCACACAUGCACACACAGACACACACAGAGAGACACACACAACACACACACACUGUGAUAACUGUUGUAGCUUGGGCCUUAUGCACAGAGGUUUUUAUGCACACAUUAAUGCAAUGGUAAUAGCAAUGUAUUUUGUAUUCUGUAUAUGAUUGAUUGGCACUCAAUUACAUUUAUCCUAUGUUGGGGAUCUAACACAAUCACUCAUACAUGGUAAAAUUGGGGAAUAUAUUCUUUAUAGAUUUGUUUAGACCAGAGUUGUCAAAGUCACAGCAUCACAGCUGUGUCAUGUGGUGUAUCAGGACUUUCCCCCCCUUCACUAAACCAGGCAUAGGCGUGGCUAGCACAUGAUGUAUCCGGCCCAUGGGCCAGGAGUUUGACAGCCCUGGUUUAGAAUAACAAAAUGAAAGGACAUUUUAUGAAACUCAUAAUGAACAACAGAGGGAAUUAUCCAAUUACUUGGCACAUACUUCCUUGUCCUUCAACCUGUGAACUAGACCCUCUAUAUCUCAACACCCAGAGCAUCUUGUAUGCAUCCUCAAGCAAAGAAAGGAUGAGAAGAUAAUUUCCUGUGGUGAUGAGCUUUUUAUUUGCCAUUGCAGAGGAUUCAGUUUUUUGGCUUCUAGUUGCAAAGCAGAAUGGCAAAGAAUGCACCGAAACACUGCCUUACCUGAUCAUGACAAUCCAUUUAAAAAGUAUUUACACAGAUGUAUUUUACUUAAUCCAAGAAUGUGAUAUUCAGGUAUUGUUACCCGCUGUUUGCAACUGACUCCUUCAUAUAUUGAGAUGGCUGCAAAUUUGCAAAUUGUAAAGGAAUUUCCCCCCUUCCAGAUGUAAACAUAUGGCAAUUGCCUGAAACAACUUCUGACUGUCAGCAUGUAGAAGUCUUUCCAUCAACCUUGUCUCCAGCCGCUGCUAGAUUGCUAGUUACGACAUGGGGAGUUAUUGAUACUAAUAUAGUGCAUGUUGCACUUACCACACGAGAGAACCAUGAUACAAAAGCUGUUUCAUUUAGUUCCCAACACUUAUCAUCAAGUCUUUACAAAAGAGCAUUUGGAAAGGAGAAUGUUAACAGAAGGAGACAUCUAAGAAAGUUGUACUUCAGCACUGUAAAUGCCUUUUGCACAACUGCAUUUAGCUUCUUUUCCUGGAUCUCUUUUCUUUUAGUUGGUAUUGCAACAGUAAUAGGAGAGCCUAACCCUCAAUGGAGCCAUGGAGAAGGGUGAGAUAAUUUUCAGAAGGGCUGUAAAAGGGAAGAAUAGGAGGGAUAGCUCUUCAUGUUCCAAUGAGAUCUUGAAAUCCUAGCAGAAAUCUUAAAUUUGGAAUAAGUAGACUGUAGCCAUAUUUAUCUGGAGCAAUGGUUUAGUACAUUUGCUUUUGAAAUAGCAAAAUAUUGGGAUCUCUUCUACUAAGGACAAAUGUUUGUUUUCUUAUCAUGCUUCAUGCAUUCACAUUUCAGAAGUUUUAAGAAUCUAAGAAUCCUUAUUCUUUGUAGUCUUUUGAAAGCCACAAUAGUUUGCUCAGAUUUCCUCAGGAUAAUUUUAGGCAGGAGGGAAAUAACUGAUACAAUGGUUGUCUUUCAGAGUAAACGGUAAUACAUGGAGCCUGCAAUCAGUGUAAAAUAAAACAAUCACUAGUUACUUUGCCAAAAAGUGAUUGAAAUAAUAGAGUUCAACAGCUGGCAGGGGAGUGAAAAGCUGCAACGGAGAGUGUAGGGUUUGUUAUUUUGAGCAGAAUAUGGAAGCAGCUGGAAUUUAUAACACAGAAAUGCACCCUAAUCUAUGGAGACCAAAAGUUUGCAAAAAGAAAUGCAUCAACAUUCUUUACUUUGAAUAAGACUUUGGCACAAGGCAUCCUUUCCUUAAUGAUUUAUUCUUAUGCAUGGCAUAUCUUACCUGAAAAGCUACUGCCUCUGUUGCAGAGUAUAAUUUAGCCAGAAUAGGCAGAUCUUAGUUGAAAGGCUACUAAAGAAUGUAUACUCCUAAAUAGGAAAUGAAAAAUAUAAUAUUAAGAUAGUAUCAAAAAAGGUACAAUCUGUACAAUCCAUUGUCUUCUGUUAGCAAAGUAAUAUAUUUGAUAGGACCAAAAAUAAUAACAAUAAAAGCCAUCAACAUUUUGUGAAAUAAUUCCAAAAAUGUAUACACAAUUUCCAAAUUGAACAAGAAUCAACCACAGUGGAAUAAUAUUGGCUGUUUUCCCUCAAUAUGUAUUUGGAUUAGAAGAUUUAGAAGAAGUAAUAGACACUUUAUUUGCUUGCUGGCAUUAGAUAGUUUACGCUGUGUUGUGUUUCAAUUGAUUAUAUGGAAUUGAUUUCUUUGUCUGUGUUUUUAAGUGCCAAAAGAUCUAUGAAGUUAGUUUUAAAAGUGUUAAUUAGAUCUCUCUAAACUGUCAAAAUGACAGCAGUACGUCUCAGCUAUUGUAUGGGGAAUGCAGUACCCUACUUUUUAAAAGUAAUAUAAAGAAAGAACCCUAUAAAAAUUGUACAUUGGCAACGUGGAUUAGUAUGAAUUUUGUGUAUUUUACUGGAUUGUCCUCUUGUGAUGUAAUAAAUUUAAGUACAUUG